AUGAGCACAGACAAGCUUAUGAACGGAGACCUGACGCUUGGCAGGCCCGUGUAUGCUGACCGGAGGUCCCGUUUGCGCCCGGCGGGGCUCCAGAUCGCCUGCGCCGCGGCCGUCGUGCUGGCUGUCUCGGCGGCGCUGGUGGCGGUGCUGCUGCUGCAGAACUGGCAACUCAAGCAGCUGCUGUCGGCAAACGACGACAGGAUUGUUGCGAACGACAAGAGGAUUGUGCUUUUGGGAACGAAGCUUCAAGAGUGCAACAACCUGAUCCUAGAUCGCAUCGCUUCGUUGGAGGUUCUGACUAAAGGCAACUCCAGAGAAGACAACAGCCGUCGUGUGGAGAGCACUGAGUCGGCGGAUGGUGCCUUCAGCCCCGAUACUCUAUCUGAUUCCGGCAUGCACCACAGGGCGAAGAGAGCCGCGAAUAGCUUGACUCUGCCUUUCGGAGGCUGUCCUCAGGGGCCACCUGGCAGAGACGGACCGGCAGGAACGAACGGCCAGUCCGGUAGAGACGGGCGCGAUGGAGCGACUGGACCUCCGGGGCCUCCAGGCAAAGACGGACUCACAGGAGCGACAGGAACGAACGGUCGCGAUGGGAGAGACGGGCGCGAGGGACCGACUGGUCCUCCAGGGCCUCCCGGUCCACCUGGUCCGCCCGGCCACGAUGAUCCCGGGCAAAUGAAAGCUCUAGAGGACCGAGUAGGGAACCUUGAGGAACAGCUGGCCGAGGAGCGAACCAUUCGGGAACGGCUGGAGGGAAAGAUCAACGUCACCCAGGCUGACCUGACGCAUGUGCAGAACACCACUGCCCAGCGGGGUGACUUGGCAGGAAAACUGAAGUCUGACUUGUGCCAAGCAACACCGAAACUGGGGAGACUCUUCCACCAGAGGCACCCGACGGGUCACUACAAAUACGACCUGGAAGAGGCAAAGCACGCAUGCGCAGAGAAGAAUGCGACCCUCGCCUCGUAUCACCAACUGUACGAGGCUUGGCAGGACGGGCUUGAUGUCUGCGCAUGCGCCUGGCUGUCGGACGGGACUAGCCGUUAUCCAACGCAGACGGCAAGGUCUGGUUGUGGGAACAGGGUAGCCAUCAUUAACUGCGGGAGCCACACCCCUAACGACGCCUGGUGCUUCCGGAAGAUGCCCAGCUGCGACUGAUCAGCACGCACCACUUGUCUCCUAGAAGCCGUUUAAUUGCACAGCCUUCGUGCGAUUAUCCGGCUGGUGCAAUCAUGUGAAGUUAUCCAGCUGGACCGAAUUGGUUUGGGAUUUUGAAAUUCCGUGUAGUUAACAAAAAUUGUGCGUUAAUCCUUUGUUUAAUUAACUGGCGUCUACUGUACUACAGACUAGGGGUGGAUACCGGUAUGGUGAAUCGGUAUAAUUUUUUUCUUCUUCUUUGACCUGUCCAGAAAAAUCGGACCUGAAAAAGACAGUGAUGUUGGACAAUUAAAAAAUAAACAGAUUUUACCGGCAGGCGUUCACGUGUUUGGGGGUUUACAGGACAAAGAAAAUAACCAGAGCGCAGAGCAAAGUAAAGGGGAGUUGAUAGUCAUUUGUACCGAUUUUCUACAGUCAAACUUGGUUUAAACAGAAGCAGAUACUGUUGUUUACAUGAAGAUACGAUUUUAAAACGGCAAUAGACGAUGGCUACUCCACCAAACAGAAUCCUUUGUUAGUGAAUGGAUCACUGUUUGGAGUAUCACCCAUUCACAAGUUUUCACGGAUAAUUAUGUCCAGACCGGACCUGAUCCUCUGGACCUAGCUGAAGCUGAUCUUCUGGACCUGGACCGUACCUGAACCUGAAUUUUCUGAACCAGCACCCACCCCUACUGCAGACUCGUAGAGUCAAUCUUUCAGUCUCUAUCCUUUUGAUCAACAUAGUAGAAUACAACGAUAACAUUCAUAUGCAUGAAUUGCGUUGUUUAUUACAUGAUAUUGGACCAUGUUGAUUUGAUUAUAUAUAUGGAAAACGUCAUAUCACAGGAACGCUUAAACUGAUGAGAGUGUGAAAAAAUAUUGUAAUUCUAUUAAAUCUAACUGGCCAGUGAGGUUGAACUAAGCACACAGAGUAUGAUAUACCAAACAAUCAUCGCCAUUUCUGUUCUUUAACAUCUUCUUCUUCAGAAUUCACUGUCUUGGUAUUCUAUGACUUCAGUAUCAGUUCUCCGAUAUUUUUUAGACUUAAUACUUAAACGUUUGCAAAUGCUUUUUCUGGCUAACAGUAUGGUAGAACACGUUUUGGAAACGUUGUGGAUGCAAUUAGCCCUCGGGCAAGAAUUUUCAAUAAACUAAUAUUAUUAAUCCAA